AUGGACUACCAGUGUGCCAUCUUCCACCCGCCAUUUCCGAGAUCUCUGGAGGACGUUCUAUCGCCCUUUUACAGAAGCGUGACGGAUGCUGGUGACAUGCAAGCUCGACAUGAAAGACCCAGAGCGUGUCAAUGUUGUGGCCAUUCCAACGUAACCACGCCUUCGCUUGAUGAGCUGAGCCAUGAGAACCUCGGUCGCUUUGCAUCCCUGCCUGUAGAGUUGGUCGAUGAGAUACUGACCUACCUCUCCAUCCCCGCACUAGACGCAGCACGUCUCACCUCUUUCGCAUGGUGGAGGAGAAUCAUGAGCAGUCCCACAGUUGUGGCAUCCGCACUUGGGCGAAAUAGUCGAGUGCACCUUCGCGACCUUGCGAUAGCUUUCGAAGAAUCAGCCAGCUUGACGCAAGUAUAUCAGCAUCCUGACUCUUGGCGCUCCCGGUUCCGGAUACACGAUAUCUCUGUACGGCUACCUCGAAUGGAGCAUGAACACUCUCGCUCCAACCUGGAUGCAGUGCAGUUGUCAGGAGAAGGAAAUUUCCUUGUCAUGCGUAUCCCUGUAGUUCACCAAACCCGACUCAUGAACUCCUUCCGGGAAUCAAGUACCCUGCUUUUCUACCGAUUCGAGGUGGAUAAUACACCGGUCUACAUCGGCUAUGCCAGCCACCUGAAAGUCAAUGGGCCGCUUAUCAUAUCGACUGUUGCAGAGAUCGAGCGUCAAUCAGGCUGGACCGUUGAGAUCGAGGUCGACUCACACGUACAGAAAUAUGCCAUUACCAGACGUAACGGCUGGUCCAAUGGUGAAAGCCCGUAUAUCCUGAGGGAUGUGACUGAUCCAACCCAUCAUCCAAAGGAUUUCUUUUGCGUUGCAGUCCAGAGAAAGCCUACCAAGAUAGAGGGAAACGCUCUCCUUCCGAGUGAUUGGCAAUUAUUAUCCCGCAUACCUUCCAACGAAAAAGCAGUUGAUGACGACGUCGUUUCCAGUACACCCUUGUUCUCUCCAAUUGGUAAUAGCAGCAGUGGUGACUCCGAGUCGCGACCCAGCGAGGGCAACCUGAGGAGACAUCUUUUGGAGGCCGAUCUUUCCUACAUGGUCGCCAGGAGCGCGGCCGAGGAGCUAUACGUUGUAUCUGCACCCUACGAACAUUCAAACCAACAUGAAAGCAUAGCAGCCGCAGGCAGCAGCGGUACAGUGAUUACUCUUGCGCAACUAAUCAACCCGAUCAGUAACAGCAUCUUCCGUAAUGUCGCCAUCUCCCCUUACUCUGUGGUCGACAUCAAAAUCAAACCUGUCAUCCGUAUCGCGGUCCUCUGGCAGCAUACUCCCUUGACCUUAGCAUCCCGCUCCGAGCUCUACCUCUACGAAGUUCCUACCUCUCUCUUUGCCCACGCACCUUCAUCCUCCUCCCCCAGUCCUCCAUACCCCACGCUCAUUUAUGGAAUACGCAUCCACUCUCUCCCCGUUACCCUCGGCGGCAUCCACCCUUCUUCAACCAUCCAGCCCCUGCCGAAUCCCUAUCCACCAUACAACCCUCUCCCUCUGGAUAUCAAGCUUCGCAACCGCACUCUCUCGUACGCGAAAAGUGCCGGGGGGCUACGAUUCCCCUCCCGGCCUUCAAAGUCCGAACGCUGGAACCGGCUUUCGUAUGAACUCUAUGCUUGGGGCCCCGUCUCUGCCACGAAGACGAUGGUGAAGGUCUUUGAUUUCGGGUUCGCGGAUCCUGGGCGCUUGAAGGCUUCGAGAAAGUCUAAGAUUUGGGGAGAAGAGGGAGCUGGUAGUGGCAGUGUUCGCGGUGGUGGGGCUGACGGAAAGGUAGGAUGGUGGAAUAGUGCCCCUGGUGGGGAGUAUGGGCGCGAUGGAGGAAGAGGUGCAGGAUGUGCGUGUAGUUUGCAUGACGAGUACUGGGAUGUCGAGGCGCCGGAUGUCAGUGUGCCAUAUCUACCCGAUUUCUACGAGGCGUUGAGGAGGGAGAGGGCUAUUAGCCGGGGCAAAACCUCGUGGUGGCCUGGCAAGUGGCCAUUUGCGGUCGCGAUGGGAAUUAGGUUGAUGGAGAGAGUAAGGCCGAAUGUGGGACGCGUGGAGAGAAAGGAGAGUGUGGAGCAGAAGGAGGGGAGGGAAAGGAAAGACAUGUUCCUCAGGCGGAGGAUAGUGGCGAUGCAGAAGGCGGGAAUGGGUGAAGAAGGGAUCAAACAUGAGUGGCAGUGGUCGCUUACUCCAAGGCCGAGGGGUUGGGAGAGGGACUGGGAAGGCUGGGCUAGAGACGAGGGAUUGGAGUAA